GGCGGAGCUCAUGCGACGUUCGUGGAGCCUGCCGGAUCGCACGCCAGAGGGGCGUACCUCAUCGGCCUGAAAGUGGACUGCUACUAUGAGGGACGGGUGUCCGUCGUGCUGGCCAGCCCGGACGCCAGCUCUCCCAAGCUCGAGCUCGAGAAGCUGCCCUGCACUCCCGUCCAGACCACCGGCAUACACACCCUGCUCGAGCAGCACUCCUACGAACGUCCAGAGCCCUACCACAGUGCCCAUGGGGCGGCGCAUUACCACGAGAGCCCCGUGCCGCACAGCCGUGGCUCUGGCGGCCACCACGAUGACGGGCACCAGCCCUACCGCCACCGCAGCCUGCUAAGCAACGACGCAGAUGAAGAGGACAAGGGGGAGGUGGAUCUGGAAGAGGCGUUUAGUCACUUGUUGCCUAAGCCCAACUUGGGAGUUGGUGCGGAGAUGGCCUCCGUUUGA